AAGUUUAGGAACUCAUUUCCUGAACCCCCAUUUCAACAGCAGACAUCCCAACUUCCGACGGCCAAAUGUGGCGGCGAUUUCUAACCACCGCUGUUACAUCCACGCGCCACCGUAAUUCAUCCACUCUCACUCCAAUCACCGCCGCAUUAUCAACCAACACCACCGACUUUUCCCGACAUUUCUCGGCAAAACCCUCGAAAUCUACACUCGCUAAAGCAAAGAAGAAGUUCAAAGGCGACGGAAAGUCCGAUGAUGUCGGAGGCGGUUCCUCGGCUGAGCUCGAUGCUGACGUGGAAGGUGAACAGCUUCGGUUAAGGUCGUUGGCUGAGGAUGACAAGGAUAGGUCCCUUGAUGUGGGUCCCAAUGGUCUCCCUCUCUUCACUUCCACUUCUUCUCUUUCUCAACUCUCUCGGAAAGAUACUUGCUCUUACAUGAAAUUCAGGAUUGAGGAUUUGAAUGCGGCGUUGCCGGAGGGAUUGCCGAGUGGGAUGUUGAAGGAGUUUGAGGAUACAAAACGAUGCGCUUUGCUUGUUCGGCAGAGUUUUUUGGAUCUUCGUGAUAAUUUUAGGCGGAUUGUUGAUCCUCCUACUUGGUCUUCUUCUGCUAAAGCACCAAAACCUAGAAAACAGAUUGUCUUGGAUGGUCCUCGUAGCUGUGGUAAAAGUAUUGCACUUGCAAUGCUUGCUCAUUGGGCUCGUGAUGAAGGUUGGCUGGUCUUUUAUUCCCCCAAAGGUCGUGAUUGGACUCAUGGUGGAUUUUUCUAUAAAAAUCCACAAACCGGUCUUUGGGAUUCCCCUGUUCAGGCUGAAAAUAUUCUGAAGGACUUUCUCAAAUUUAAUGAAACUUGCUUACGUCAACUCCCUUGUCAUAUAUCUGAACCUAUUCCUCUGGGAGAAGGCGCUGGUGUGGGAUUUAUGAAGGGAGCAGAUUCCAUGGCGAUGCCAGAUGGUUCAACUUUAUAUGAUCUAAUCCAGACUGGAGUUACUCAUACACAUGCUGCUGUUGGAGUGCUAGUCCGCUUACGGAAGGAGUUAUCCCUGGUUAAAGAUGUUCCUGUGCUUCUUGCAAUUGACCAAUACAACAAUUGGUUUACUUUUAGUGAAUUUGAAGAGGUUGUUACACCCCGUUCUUCCAGACCAAUUCAUGCUAAAGAACUUGCAACGGUAAAUGCAUUCAGGCCCAUGACACAUGAUGACAUGAUGGUUGGUGCAUUCUCGCACUCUACAGCAGUGGGGAAGUUGCGUAAAGACUUGCCUGGUGUACCAGAUAAUGCUCGUAUUGAUUUUCCUCGAUACACUCUGGAUGAAGCUGCAGCUGUUUGCCAUUAUUACGUUAGGCAAAGGCUUAUCCGUCGAGAAGUGUUCACUGAAGAGAAGUGGAAGAAGAUGUAUUAUCUUGCAAAUGGAAAUGGAUCAGAGAUGAGAUGGCUAUCACCCCUAAUGUGGUGAAUAUGUACAAUCCUGUCCUCGGUUCAGCUAUUCAGCUAAAAAUUCAAGUUGGCGUUAUACUGUGUACCUUGCAAUUUUGAUUGCUAUCACCAGGAAUAAGGUCCUGUUGUUUCCUUGUAAACACACCAUGGAGUAAUAGCAGAUUCUUUUUUGGUUAGUCUUCCCCCCUCAUAGUAUAUUUAUGUCUCCCCUCCUUUCUUUUGGGGGUUUUGAAGAAUGAUGGAGAACUCCACUGGCCUUGUUUUCAAGGCACUUAGGUUUUGUAAACACUAUGCAAUUGAUGAUAGAAAUGGUUUUUGGUCGUUUAGUUGUUUGGAAAUCUCGCCAAUCAUAACAGUUUAA